AUGUUCCCAAUAUCUCACCUCUCCGAUCGGCUUCAGGCGGGCACCAUGGUCGUCGAGCCUCUGCCGCCACCCCCAGCCUCCGCACCGACCAAGUCCGAGCGCGACACCGCCUUCAGCAUCCUCAUGAAGCCCCACUCCGAGGCAAAGCAGUGGGCUACCGCAGACGCAGUCGAGGCCGCAAACUACCGCGGCCGCGCGCGCAACAAGCCAUCGGCCCGCACCGCACCCUUCUACAAGGUCCUCGAGGGCAUGCCCCUCAGCGUAGACGCCUUCCGCUUCGGCCGCAUCGACGGCUGCAGGGGCUACUUUCUCUCCCACUUCCACAGCGACCACUACGGCGGCCUCUCGAGCAGCUGGAACCACGGCCCCGUCUACUGCAGCGUCACCACCGCCAAUCUCUGUCGCACCAGCCUCGGCGUCGACGAUAUGUGGCUGCGUCCCCUGCCCAUGGAGGUGCCCACCCUCAUCCCCGACAGCGGCGGCGUCACCGUCACCUGCAUCGACGCAAACCACUGCCCCGGCUCCUGCCUCUUUCUCUUCGAGGGUCCCCAGACCGCCUCGCUUCUCUCGCCCCGCUCCCAUGCCAGCCCGCACAUUGGCACCGGCAAGAUCUUUCGCUACCUCCACUGCGGCGACUUUCGCGCCAGCCCCGUUCACACCAACCACCCGCAGGUCAAGGGCAAGAAGCUCGACAUCAUCUACCUCGACACCACCUACUGCAACCCGCGCUACUGCUUCCCCGCCCAGGACCAGGUCGUCGAGGCCUGCGCCGAGCUCGUCCGCCGCCUCAUGCCGGUCAAGGACGAGGACGGCGCGGGCGGCCAGCAGAAGAACAAGGCAGGAGACGACCACGAGGAAGAGGAAGAUUGGCGCGUGCCACCGCGUCUUAACGCCAGCGCUCGGGUCGCUCUCGCUCAGAGCAGCGCAGCCGCAAAGGCGUUCAAGGGAUGGCUCGGCGUCGACGGGAGGCCCCAGGGGCAACGGAGCGACAGCGACAGCAGCGCCGAGGCAGGGCCCGCUACCACCGAGGCGGGUAAGGUGACCGGACAGGGCGCCCUUGGCGACGAAUGCGAUGACGAGGAGCCGCUGCUCGAGGACGAGGACUCGGUGCUCGCUGCUCGCGGCGGCCACCGCGGCAUGGGGAGCUUCGACGACGAGGAGCAAGAGCUGUGGCACCAGGCCGCCCUCCGCAGCACCGACGCAUCCCCGGCGGCACCGGGCCAUGCGUCGGGAGCCAGCGAGGGGCACCAAAGCGGCGAAGCAUCGCCCACCGCUUCCCUCGUCAAGCAGGAGGAUGCCGACCAGGACAGCUUCGGUGCAGCGUCGGCCAACGCGACAGCUGGUCUAGCUUCUCGCGAUGAGCUGGGCCAGGAUAGUCUUCGCAGCGAGACGGCGAUACCCUCCGAGUCCGUCGAUGCCCAGGCGAGUGAGGCCACCGCGGCUUCCCGGCUACCUUCUCCAGGCCAGCGGCAGCUCAGCGUUGCUGCGCCGUCCACUGCAGACCCUUCUCCCGAUCAGCAAGCGGGCGACGAGCGCAGCGGUGCGGCAAUCAAGUUGGAGGGCGCGGCGGAUGCCGGCGCGCAGGCCUCUACGGACCAACCUGUCAUGAUCAAGCAGGAAGGCGCGGACGGCUUGGACAGGGCGAUGCUUCCGCCGGCAUCGACCGCCAUGAGAGGCUCUGCGCGGCGUGCCAGCAGCACCUCCGCCUUGGCCUCGACGGUCAAGCGAGAGCACGGUAGCGAAGCGCCCGUUGGGCCACCCCGCACCGCCAAGCAAGAGGACGGCUCCCCUGGCGAGGUCAAGAAGGAAGACGGCGCCGAGGAGGCGACCAACUCGCGCAACUGGCUGGCCAAGCAGAGCCACGCGUCCAAGGCGUCGGUGUCGAUGGCGCGCCAGUCGGGCCGCCUGCUCGUCGUCGUCGGCACCUACACGAUCGGCAAGGAAAAGGUCGUCAAGGCCGUGGCGCGCCAGAUGAAGACCAAGGUCUUUUGCGUCGACUCGCGCAAGUAUCGCGUCUAUGCGCAGCUCGAGGACCCGGAGCUCCACUCGCUCCUGACGCGCGACCCCAACCGCGCCAGCGUCCACGUCACCAACCUGCACGCCAUCAACGCCGACGGCCUCCGCGACAUGGUGGCCGCGCUGCGCGCCCGCGGCUGCGGCUUCACCCACGCCAUCGCCUUUCGCCCCACGGGCUGGACCUACAAGCCCCCCACGGGCAUCGACACUGUCUCGCCCAACCUCGACCGUCUCAUCGAGUGGAACCAGGCGCGCAACUUUGGCCCGCACGGCUUCUUCCCCACCCGCGACAGCACCCCCGAGUACAUGAUCUACGGCGUGCCCUAUUCCGAGCACUCGAGCUUUUUUGAGCUGACCUCGUUUGCGCUCUCGACGAGGUACGACCGGAUCAUCGCGACGGUCAACGUCGGCUCCCACGCGAGCCGUGCCAAGAUGUCCAAGUGGUUCGACCGCUGGGCCGCCGAAAAGCGCAAGCGCGCCAAGGCAGGAAUCGUCGAUGGGCCCGAACCGCGCGCCGAGACGUACUGGUGA